AUGGAUGAGGAUGACGAUCUUCUUGCGGAGCUCGAGGCGGAGCUCGAGUCGGCCCCUGACACAGGGCCAGAUGCUCGAGCAGAUGAAACGAGCCUGGCGACCCAGGCCGCCAUGGCGGCCAUUCCACAAUCGGGGGUCUCCACGGAAGAGUUCAUUCGCCUCCAGAUCCAACGGCAGCGCGCCGAAGGCACAAACAACCGCUCGUCUCGUCGCAGUGAAAUGCUGGGCAACAUGUUCCGACGCGGACGUUCCCAAUCCAACGCGUCCGUGUCAGAGAGCCCGGCGCCAAGUGUGAAAGCAGUACCACCCGCCGAGCUUGAAGCCAAAGACAAGGAAAUAGAAAAGUUGAAGCAGAGGGCGCAGCAGCUCGAGGAGGAAGUCGGCUUGCACAAGGAAUCCAAGGACCAGCUCCUGCGGCAAGUGAAAGCACUCCAGCUGGAUUUGGAUGAUCAGCGGCGCGUCUACAAGCGCAGUAUGGCUGCCAUCAAUGAGAAAAACAGCAGCCUGCAGGCAGAAAUCAAGCGACUUCAACAGAACAAUGUACAUCUACUAGAGGAGAUGGCUCGUGAGGAAACAAGCUCAGACCACAUGAAGCCCACGCAAGGCCAGACGGCAUCCGACUCCGCCCCGGGCGUGGCCAAUCAGCCAGACAGUGAUGCAACCGCACAAGAGGAGGCGGAGCAGCGCAAGGGGACUGUACGCGAGUGUGAAAGCACCAUCAAGCAACUCAAAGCAACAGCCGACCAAGCCCGCACAGACCUCGAGGUUGCGCAGGGUGACGUAGCUGCACUUCGUCAAGAGAUUGUCGACCUCAAACUUAGGGCGGACUGGGCCACCAACAACUUGGAGGAAGCACGGCAAGAUGCUGGCAGUGCACGUGACGCCAUGCGCAAAGCGCAGCAAGAGAUCAAAGCGCUGGAAAAAGAAGUACAGCGUUUGCGAACUGCCCUGGAUAAGGAGCAGAAAGCCAUGGCUGAUCGCUUGGACACUUUAACCAAAGCCAAAAGCGAGAGUCAAGCGUUGGCCAGCCGACUCGCAGAGUUGGAGCAAAAACACGAGAGCGUUGUGGCUGAAAAAAACAGCCUCGUUCAGCACAACAGUCAGCUCAAGACGACGUUAGAGGAUAUGCGGCUGCAACUGGACCAGACACAGAGAGAGAGUUUGCAAGAGCAACAGACAAAACUGCAGGAGCAGCUUGCCGAGUUGGAACAGGCCUUGGAAGACAUGACACAGGCAAAGGCCGAAUUGGCCCUCGCGCUGGAGGACGAGCGAGCCUCAGCCACUAGCGAGGCGACUUACCUGACAGGACAAUUGAAUGAGGAGCUGCAACAGCGGCAAGACAUGCAGCAAAAGCUUCGCGAUUUGGAGGAGUCUUUGCGUUUGCAGCAGAAGAAGCAUGCUCAUACGACGCGCGACAUGGCCAAGCAAUUGUCGCAGGCGCAGAAGAAAUUGGCUUCGCUGAGUCGACAGCCCGAGGAAGAUGCACAGAGCGUGGCCUCGACUGGCUCCAUGGUGGACGAGCCCCUGCAUUCACCUUCCAAUAGCUCCAUUCAUAGCCGAGACAUGAACUCUAUGGGAGGCAUGGGCCCGACCGUGAGCAUGCUUCCAGCGACGCCUGAGCCAUUGCAGCCGGCACCGCGGACGGCAGAAGUGUCCACAGCCCCGUCGGGGUUGGCUUCGCUGUUUGGCAGUCGGCGCGCGGGUGAGAAAGGACAGCCCGGCCAGCGUUUACAGGCCAAGGUCGACUUUCUCGAGUCUCACGUCAACGAGCUCACUGAAAGCAUCAAGAACAAGAACAAACUCUUGCAACAGUACUUUCUGCGAGAGAAGAUGGGUCAUCUGGCAUCGCCCUCGACGGGCGCGUCGCAGCCCCAAAGUAGUAGUGCCUCGGCUCGCUUUAAAGCGCUGUUGGGCGCGAAUUUGCAGCAGCAGCAUCAACAGGCCGUGACCCAAGAGGCCAUGGCCAAGCUGCAGGAGGUCCUGGAAGACACCAUGCUGCAAAACAUUGCACUCAAAGAGACGAUCGACGCCCUGACGAAAGCUUGACAAAUUGAUAGCGCGCUUCACUUUUUCAUCCCACUAGCGGCUGAGCGAUCAACAGCUUUGAUAUAGAAUUGAUGUGCAGCACGCCG